CUUUAUUAAAUCAAUUAUGCUCGGUUCUUGAACGGUAUGUUGUGACGUCACAGGCGGCACUAAGGCAGUUCUGCACAGUGAGCCAGCGAGGUGUCAACGCACCACUGUUCGACAAAAAAAAUAGUGGAACACCGGCAGAAUUUCACUUUCUUACUUGAAUCAAGUGACAAAGCAAUACCGAUCUCACCGUUAUUUCCUCUACCUCAGAGUAAUUGCUUACAGGGCUCAAAAUAUGAAAUUUACGCUGCUCCUUUUUUGCAUAUUUGCCUAUCUGCUAUUGUUCUUCGUCGCUGGAUCAAGCAGUGGAGUUGCAAACCUUUGCGAGGAAGGAAAAUUUUUUGAUUCAUCGAAGCAAAAGUACAAGUCAUGCCUCGAGUGCAAAUCCGACAUGCAGGAGUGCUAUUCGUGUUGUCAAACCAAGGUCCAUGGAGGUGAAAAAAAUAACUCGAGCACUCCAAUCCUACGUCAUCAAGUGACAGAUAAACCCGGUUUGCAUGAUGGGAAACCUCGAGCCGCUGAAGGAGACAAGUCUCUUCCGAACAUCUUCGUGGUAUCCACAAUUAGUGUGUUCCUUAUCAGCUCCUUGUUGGUUCUCGUGCUUGUCGUUAUCCGAUCCUCUCUUGAACGCCGUGUUGAAGCAAGAGAAAGUACGAGCAUGAGUAGACAGUCCCAGCAGUCUAGUCCAGUUAUAGAGAUCAUGACGACGCAUGCGCAACUGCUGGUACAAAGGGAUGACGCGAGUGAAGGAGACGCCACUAAUGAAGGAGACGUAGCCAGUGAAGGAAAUGUUCGACUGGAUAAUACAUACUACGUGGAUGCAGUUAUGUGUCGAUAAUUUUUAAAUCAGAGCCGAAAGGAUAUGGAAAGUAACUGAUUAGAAAUUAUAUAAGAUUUGUUUUUCUUCGCUUAGGUUUGUAACAC